AUGCGUUAUCAGAAUUGGGAUGUUCUCAUGUUUCCACAUGAAUUAUGCAAGAUCCCAAUGCAAGAGUUUAAAACUUCCUGUCAAGUUGUUCAGGACCACGAAGUCCAUUAUUCUCAGAGCACUGCUCUACUAAUGCCUACGGUUACCUGUUUCAUUCCAAGCUUGGCUGCUGGAGAGCCCUUCCGAAUCUCUAUCCAUUCUUGGCAAAAUCCCGAAGCCAGCCGUUAUGUACAACACAUCAGCAAUAGAAAUGCGGAACAUGUUAUGUUUGAAGCUCGUGUAUUUGUGGAUGGACAGAUCGCUGGUACCAAGCUCUUUCAUCGAAACGGCCCCUGGCCAACAGUUCUCGAAACUAGUGUUGAGCUCGAUAAACAGGGAGAUUGCAAAAAACUCGAGUUUCCUGCCUUCCAUCGAGAACUUCUAUCGCAAAGUUAUUGGAACCCGGGAGACGACCUCGGGCGUGUAAAGGUAGUGGUAUCGGAAGGUAUUCCAAGAGAUAAUAUUUCUAUGCCAUACGAGCGUAUCAAGAACUUAGUAGCUUUCUCGUUUCAACAUGCUCCAUUAGACGUCUUGGAAGCUUCUUCAAUCGCAUGGCCAAAUGCGACCAUGUGGCGUCAGGUAUCUCUUGUUGCACCUAUCUACAAUCAGCAUCCAUCGCCAAAAAGGGUUGAAGAGGAUCACGAGGCUCAUGCCCAUUCUCCACGGAAGUCACAAAACAUUGGUUUCUUGUCUUCGCAGUCCAACUGUAUGCCACCACCAGCGGCACCAUUCUCAAAACCUCCAAGUUUCGACCCAUUCACUUCUGACUCAGCACGUCCUGCCUUUGCAGGCUGGCGUCGUCAAGGAGUCUCAACCGAUACUUCUAUGCCAGAUCUUUCAAGUGAUUCUAGUGGACAGGCAGGUAGUAUUCGAAAUGUAUCAGAUCCUAUGAUAAUCGAGAAGGCAUCUCGAAAUAAUGACAUGCAGAGUAUCGGCGCAUACGAAUCUCUCUGUGAAGCAUUAUUGCCACCUGUACCUGUUAACACACCACAGAAUGAAUCUGAAAUGACGUCGGCAAACACAGUUUCACUUCGACAGUCAUCUUUGCAAAGGGGAUCUAGCAGAGUCGGCCCCGGCGAUCGUGUACCAAUACCACGCGCAAUCGGUGCACUGGAUGCACCCGAAGGACUAGUAUCUCAAAUUGAAGAGGCUCGACUCCGUGACUCCAGAAGAAUGAGCUCUUCUUCGAUGAGUUGCGCCAACAAGGAAAAUGAAAGUCGAAGUCCAGCAGCCCCAUCGGAAAUCACUGGCCCUAACAAUCAGCGAACUGCAAGCGAUGGCUCAUCUAGAAGAACGUCUAAUCUUUUUACAUCCACCAAUGUAAUUGGCACUAAAAGACAAAGGAACGUUACUCCCGCAUCUUCAAAGGCGAUUGAUGAUGAGGAUGAGCCAAGAUCCUCUCCCUCGUUGAGAAAGGUCUCGAGGCAAUCGAAUGCCAGUGGGAAUGGGAGGGGAAAGGAUAUUGAAAGAAGAGUUUUGAGUGCCGUUGAUAAUGCUUAA